CCCGCCGUCCCCGGUGCGCUCCCGGUCCCGCCGCAGCCAUGGCUCCCAAGGGCGGCGCCAAGCAGCAGUCGGAGGAGGACCUGCUCCUGCAGGACUUCAGCCGCAACCUCUCGGCCAAGUCCUCGGCGCUCUUCUUCGGGAACGCCUUCAUCGUGUCGGCCAUCCCCAUCUGGUUGUACUGGCGAAUAUGGCACAUGGAUCUCAUUCAGUCCGCCGUUCUCUAUAGUGUAAUGACCCUUGUGAGCACCUACCUAGUGGCCUUUGCAUACAAGAACGUCAAAUUUGUUCUCAAGCACAAAGUAGCACAGAAGAGGGAGGAUGCUGUUUCCAAAGAAGUGACUCGAAAACUUUCCGAAGCUGACAAUAGAAAGAUGUCUCGAAAGGAAAAGGAUGAAAGAAUCCUGUGGAAGAAGAAUGAGGUUGCUGAUUAUGAAGCAACCACCUUUUCCAUCUUCUACAACAACACCCUGUUCCUAGUCCUGGUCAUCGUGGCCUCCUUUUUCAUACUGAAGAACUUCAACCCCACGGUGAACUACAUCUUGUCCAUCAGCGCUUCAUCAGGACUCAUCGCCCUCCUGUCAACUGGCUCCAAGUAACCUCAGCCGCGCCCGCCUCACCCCUGCUCGUGGCCGUGGCGGGGGCAGCAGCCAGGGGGGGCCAGGUGGGAGGCACACGAGAGGUCUUUAUGGUAUGGAGCUGGGAGGUUUAAAAAACGAAACAGAGUGGAAUCGAGUAUUUGUUUAUUGGCUCUCCUUUGACAGAUUGUUGAAAUUAAAUGAAUUGAAAGGGAAACUCAGAGUACCAGGACAUUUAUUAAAGGCAAGAAGUCUCGCAAUGUGCUAUAAUCACCAGAAGAGAAAAUAACUUGUUUCCUUGAUCUGUCAGAGGUCACGGUAACCUGGACUGAGCUGUUAUUAUUUAUAAUAGCAGCAAGAAGUUAAUAACUGGUUCUCUGUGUUCCAAGCACAAUAUUACAACUUUUUGAACCAUAAAUAUCAGAAUGAGUUGUCUUCCCCAGGGAAUGAACAGAAGCUUUGUGUUUGUAAGUCUGAAUUUGUGAUUGGUAAUAACUCAGACU